AUGCUACUAAUUAUGUCGAGCAAUGGCUUAUUAUAUGACAAAAACGAAGUCAACUCUGUUGGCGAGCUCCGGGUCUUAAAAAGAACUAAAAUCUAUUCAAAUCUUGCUGAAAUUGUCCAACCAUUUGGGAAACUACCACUUGAGUUCUCAACUGAAGAUUGGAGUCACCUUCGUGCCGAUUCAAUAACAUUAGUUGGCUCGAAUCUUACAAUAACACAACAAACAAUAACCGAAAAGAAAAAAUCGCUGAACAAGGUUCACGUUUAUCUUCGCUCACAACCAUCUUCCAACGCUGAUAAAGAACUUAUCAAAGCAACUGCCGUUGAUGAAAAAAGAAACCUAUUGAACGUUAUUGAUGAAAAAUUUAGCAAACGACCAAUCUUCUUUACAGCUCAAUCAGACCAUCUUGUUUACGAAAAUGAACCACCUCAAACAAAGUACUAUGUUAACUUUGCAUAUGACACAACAGAUGCAAUAUAUUUGAGUUAUCUUCGUUCAAAUCUUAAAUGGAAAACUCGUAUCUCUGAUUUUUAUGGCUGA